AUGCCAGCCGCUGCUGGGUCCGCUACAAAAAAGGCACCGUCCCUAAAAGGCUGGAUAGCGAAAUUGAAGGAAAUUCAAUCAUCCUUCAAUGAUAUUUGGGAAUUUGUGGAACAAUUCCCGGAUGGAAGCACUAUCACUGAAAUCGAAGUCCGUUUGCAAAAACUCGAGGAAUUGUGGGAGAAAUUUGGGGAGACACUUGUCGAGAUUAAAUCACACGACGAUUUUCCACCCGAGAGUGGAGACGCCUACGACAAGGAGAGAAGAGAGUUCAGCAACCGUUAUUAUCGUGCAAAGCCGUUCCUGUUGGAGCGAAUCAAGGAACACCAAGCUACUCCACUGUUGGAACAAUCCACCCAUGCAGGUGAUACUACAAUGCAAGGUUCGCUCGACCACGUUCGUCUCCCGCAAAUCAAACUGCAGUCGUUUGACGGGAACAUUGAUGAAUGGCUAAGCUUUCGAGAUCUGUUCACGUCUCUUAUCCAUUGUAAGGCGGAUCUGCCGGAGGUUGAAAAAUUCCACUACCUCAAGGGUUGCCUGCAAGGGGAACCGAAGGGUCUAGUUGACCCAUUGCAAAUUACUAGAUCAAACUACUUGAUCGCUUGGGAUAUGCUGCUAAAAAGGUACGACAACAGCAAACAAUUGAAAAAGCGACAGGUCCAAUCGCUGUUUCAGUUGCCAACAGUUUCUAAGGAAUGCCCCAACCAACUUCAUGCUUUAUUAGAAGGUUUCGAAAGGAUAGUACAAACACUUGACCAGAUAGUGCAACCGAUUGAAUACAAGGACCUACUUCUAACUAAUCUUCUCACAACGCGGUUAGACCCGAUAACUCGCCGAGGAUGGGAAGAGAUUUCUGCUACACAGAAAACGGAUACGGUGAAGGAAUUGUUGGAGUUUCUGCGCCGUCGGACUCAAGUACUGGAAUGUUUGCCUUCGAGAAUAGUGGACACUAAGGGAGGUAACCAACUGCCACCCCAAAGGCUGAGGCCAGUGGCGGUUAAAACUAGUUACAGCACAGUGCAAUCGUCCGGUAUACGAUGCACGGUGUGCUCGGCAAACCAUUUACUAUUCCAAUGCGAGACAUUUCAGCGGAUGUCGGUGACAGAGCGUGAUGCCCUCGUUUGCACUCACUCACUUUGUCGCAAUUGCUUUAGACUCGGUCAUCAAGCAAAAGAUUGCCAGUCUAAGUAUUCUUGUCGCUCGUGCAAGAGUCGUCAUCAUACAAUGGUAUGCUUUAAACGGGAAAGGGAGAACACCUCCAAAAAUCGAAGUACUACUACUACCGCUGCUACCCCAUGUGCAACUACGGGAAAACAACCAUCCACGCCAACUAAUUUGUCCCAAAUAGUCAAUAUGGUGGCUACCAGCACAUCAGUGUCAAAUUCUGCAACGUAUAUCAAAUCAACGGUUCUUCUGGCUACUGCAGUGCUUCUUGUUGAGGACGAUCAUGGCAACCAAGUUCCAGCACGCGCACUUCUCGAUUCAGGCUCUGAGAGUAACUUCAUCUCGGAGAAGUUAAGUCAACGGUUGAAGGUAGACCGUAAAAAGGUGGAUAUUUCUGUUCUGGGUAUUGGACAAGCAGCUACAAGGGUUAAACAACGGAUUCAGGCAACAAUUCGUUCAAGAAUAUCGGAUUUUACCCGGGAAAUGGGCUUUCUCGUGUUACCUAAGGUUACGGUACAUUUGCCAACGGCAACGGUAAAUGUGAAGGGAUGGAGUAUUCCAGAGGGUAUCCAACUCGCCGAUCCCUCGUUCUGUGUGUCUAUGGGAAUAGACUUAGUACUAGGCAUUGAGGCGUUUUUCGACUUCUUCGUAUCUGGUCGAAAAAUCACAUUGGGAGAGCAGAUGCCGUCUUUGAAUGAAUCCGUAUUUGGAUGGGUGGUUUCUGGCGGGCUGUCAUCGAUCGAGCAGGCGCCACGUGUCAGCUGCCACGUGACUACGAAAGGACUGGAUGAAUUGAUUGCAAAAUUUUGGGCUUGUGAGGAAAUCGAGCUCAAAAGGUCAUAUUCAAAGGAAGAAGAACGAUGUGAGGAAAUAUUUAAACAGACAGUACAGCGUGGCACUGACGGACGAUAUACGGUUGCGAUGCCAAUGGUUGAGGAUGCCUUUACUCGUCUGGGUGAAUCAAAAAAUAUCGCAUUACGACGUCUCCAAGGAACGGAGCGGAGGUUGGCAAGGAAUUCUGAUUUGAAGCAGCAAUAUUUGGCAUUCAUGAGCGAAUAUAUAGAGUUAGGGCAUAUGCGGUUGAUUAAGGAAACCCAACGAGCAGCAGCAGAGCGAUGCUAUUUACCACAUCAUCCCGUGGUGAAGGAGGCCAGUACGACCACUAAGGUCCGCGUCGUUUUCGAUGCUUCAUGCAAGACCUCCACGAAUACUUCGUUAAACGAGGUGCUCUUGGUGGGCCCGGUGAUUCAGGAGGAGUUACGUUCGAUUAUAUUGCGUUGCAGAACGAAGCAAAUCAUGCUGGUCGCCGACGUUGAGAAAAUGUUUCGGCAAAUCUUCAUUAGGCCAGAGGAUAGACCACUGCAGUGUAUUCUUUGGCGGUCGUCGCCUACUGAUGAAGUAGCUACUUAUGAGCUUAAUACGGUGACAUACGGCACCAAGCCUGCCCCGUUUCUUGCGACACGAACAUUAAACCAACUGGCGAAAGAUGAAGGAGCACGAUUCCCUCUAGCAGCGAGGGCGGUUAUGGAAGACACCUAUAUGGAUGACGUUAUCACGGGGUCGAACGACCAGGAGGAGGCACAUCAAUUAAGGCUGCAAUUGGAUGCAAUGAUGAACAGUGGAGGAUUUCGUCUUCGUAAAUGGGCAUCGAACUGCGCUGAGGUUUUACGUGAAAUUCCGACGGAGAAUCUAGCGAUAAGCGAUGUGAGUGGUAUAAAUCUAGACCCAGACCCUUCUGUGAAGACACUAGGAUUGACCUGGAUGCCAAGAACGGACGUUUUCAGAUUCCAGUUCAAGAUCCCGCCACUGGAAAAAUAUGAAGAGCUUUCUAAACGCCAAAUCCUUUCGAUCAUAGCUACGCUUUUCGAUCCAUUGGGGCUCAUCGGAGCUGUUAUUACAUCAGCCAAAAUAUUCAUGCAACUAUUGUGGACCUUGCAAACAAAGAAAGGGAGCAGAUUAGACUGGGACGAACCGCUACCUUUGACGGUGGGUGAGAGUUGGCGGAGGUUUUAUUCAAGAUUACCUUUGCUCAACGAAAUUCGCAUCAAUCGUUGCGUCAUCCUCCCAGGAGCGGUGACAGUAGAACUUCAUUGCUUUAGUGAUGCUUCAGAAAAGGCGUAUGGAGGGUGUGUCUACAUCCGAAGUAUGGAUUCAACAGGGAACGUAGCUGUACAACUGUUGACCUCAAAAUCCAAGGUUGCUCCAUUAAGGUGUCAAACGAUACCGAGAUUAGAGCUUUGUGGAGCGGAGCUGGUAGCAAAAUUAUAUGGCAAAAUUCAACAGUCGUUGAAGCUCAAUUUACCCACCUACUUUUGGACCGACUCUACGUGUGUACUGCGCUGGAUUCAAGCAGUUCCUACUACAUGGAGUACCUACAUCGCUAACAGAGUGUCCAAAAUACAAGGUCUAACGGAACCAAAUACUUGGAGGCACGUUCCGGGAGUCCAAAACCCAGCAGACCUGAUUUCAAGAGGCAUCAGCGCAGAGGACAUAUUGCAUAAUGACUUCUGGUGGCACGGGCCAUCAUGGUUGGCUGAGAGUCAAGAGUUUUGGCCUAAGACUCUAAUAAAUCAAGUUGACGAUGAAGCAGAGGAGAAGAAACGUCGGGCAGUAAUAGCAGCCACAGUAUCUUCGACAGCAGAAUUUACAGACUGGUAUCUUGGUAAAUUUUCUUCCUUUUCAAAGUUACUGAGACAUACGGUAAUUUGGCUACGCGCCAGAGAAAUGUUUCGCUCGAGAGGGAAAAGGUACCCAUCAGGAUUCCUCACAACGAAAGAGUUACGAGAAGCAGAACGAACACUUAUCGAACGAGUGCAAAGAGAGUGUUUUUCGAUGGAAUGGGAAGCGCUUUCUAAGGGGGAAGCAGUUUCUCAGCGAUCAUCGUUGCGUUGGCUUAAUCCCAAAAUUUCUCAGGAUGGGCUUAUUAGAGUUGGCGGCCGUCUUCAGCACGCUCAGGAACCUUUCGAUACAAAACAUCCAAUAGUCCUACCUGCGCGUCAUCAUCUAACGAAGCUAAUAUUUUUGUAUUAUCAUGGGCGAAUGCUCCAUGCAGGACCCCAGUUACUUUUGAGCGUAGUAAAACUGCGCUAUUGGCCACUAAGAGGAAGGGAUGCAGCGAGACAGACGGUUCACAAGUGCCAAAAGUGUUUUCGAGCAAACCCAACUUCGGUACCGCAAUUCAUGGGUGAUUUACCAGCGGCUCGAGUAAACGUGGCACGUCCAUUUUCGAAAACGGGUGUGGAUUAUUUUGGUCCAAUAUAUUUGCGACCUGCGCCCAGGCGACCAAUAGUGAAGGCCUACGGUUCUAUUUUUGUUUGUUUCUGCACAAAGCUUGAGCUUGUGUCAGAUUUGUCGACAGAAAGAUUUUUACAAGCACUUCGCCGUUUUGUGGCACGGAGAGGAAGACCAUCGGAUUUGUACUCCGACAACGGUACGAAUUUUGUCGGAGCUCGCAAUAAACUCCAAGAAUUACUGCGCUUGUUAAAAAAUAAGGAACAUCAUGGAAGGGUAGCUAAAUACUGUGCAGAGGACGGAGUUCAAUGGCAUUUCAGUCCCCCAAGUGCGCCACAUUUCGGUGGGCUUUGGGAGGCGGCAGUUCGCUCGGCGAAGCACCACAUCUUGAGAGUGCUGGGGGAGAACCCAGCUACAUCGGAGGAUAUGAGCACGUUGCUCGUACAGGUGGAGGGAUGUCUAAACUCUCGACCGAUUACUGCCAGUUCCGAGGAUCCCAACGAUCUAGAACCACUCACCCCAGCACAUUUUUUGGUCGGUGCCUCACUACAAGCACUCCCAGAUCAGAAUUACCUAGACAUUCCAACCAACCGUUUAAAACAGUGGCAACUGGUACAAAGAAAUGUUCAAAACUUCUGGAUAAGGUGGAAAAGAGAAUAUCUAUCGCAACUACAAUCUCGCAUAAAACGUUGGCGAGUACCUGUUCCAAUUGAAGAAGGCAAGCUAGUCAUCAUUAAAGACGAUAAUUUACCCCCGCUACGAUGGAAAACCGGCAGGAUUCAAAAGGUCCAUCCUGGCCAAGAUGGUGUUGUCCGAGUAGUGACGCUCAAAACCGCAGCAGGCUUUCUCACAAGGCCUGUAGAAAAAAUUUGCAUUUUACCAUCAGCAGAGUUUGACGAGGACGACGAAGGCUCUGGUCGAGCGAACCAAUAA